GGAGGAGGCCGCCGCCGCCGCCGCCAAGAUGGCGGACCUGGAGGCGGUGCUGGCCGACGUGAGUUACCUGAUGGCCAUGGAGAAGAGCAAGGCCACGCCGGCCGCGCGCGCCAGCAAGAAGAUCCUGCUGCCCGAACCCAGCAUCCGCAGUGUCAUGCAGAAGUUCCUGGAGGACCGGGGCGAGGUGGCCUUUGAGAAGAUCUUCUCCCAGAAGCUGGGGUACCUGCUCUUCCGAGAUUUCUGCCUGAACCACCUAGAGGAGGCCAAGCCCCUGGUGGAGUUCUACGAGGAGAUCAAGAAGUACGAGAAGCUGGAGACUGAGGAGGAGAGGCUGGCACGGAGCCGGGAGAUCUUCGACACCUACAUCAUGAAGGAGCUGCUGGCCUGCUCACACCCCUUCUCGAAAAGCGCCACUGAGCACGUGCAGGCCCACCUGGUGAAGAAGCAGGUGCCUCCAGACCUGUUCCAGCCAUACAUUGAGGAGAUCCGUCAGAACCUCCGAGGGGACGUGUUCCAGAAAUUCAUCGAGAGCGAUAAGUUCACGAGGUUUUGCCAAUGGAAGAACGUGGAGCUCAACAUCCACCUGACCAUGAAUGACUUCAGUGUUCAUCGCAUCAUUGGGCGUGGUGGCUUCGGUGAAGUCUACGGGUGCCGGAAGGCCGACACGGGCAAGAUGUACGCCAUGAAGUGUCUAGACAAGAAACGCAUCAAGAUGAAGCAGGGGGAGACGCUGGCCCUGAACGAGCGCAUCAUGCUGUCGCUUGUCAGCACCGGGGACUGUCCCUUCAUCGUCUGCAUGUCGUACGCAUUCCACACGCCCGACAAGCUCAGCUUCAUCCUCGACCUCAUGAACGGUGGGGACCUGCAUUACCACCUGUCCCAGCACGGGGUCUUCUCCGAGGCCGACAUGCGCUUCUAUGCGGCCGAGAUCAUCCUGGGCCUGGAGCACAUGCACAACUGUUUUGUCGUCUACCGCGACCUGAAGCCGGCCAACAUCCUCCUGGACGAACACGGCCACGUGCGCAUCUCGGACCUGGGCCUGGCCUGCGACUUCUCCAAGAAGAAGCCCCAUGCCAGCGUAGGCACCCACGGGUACAUGGCCCCCGAGGUCCUGCAGAAGGGCGUGGCCUACGACAGCAGUGCCGACUGGUUCUCCCUGGGCUGCAUGCUCUUCAAGCUGCUCCGGGGGCACAGCCCCUUCCGGCAGCACAAGACCAAAGACAAGCAUGAGAUCGACCGCAUGACGCUGACGAUGGCUGUGGAGCUGCCCGAGUCCUUCUCCCCCGAACUCCGCUCCUUGCUGGAGGGGUUGCUGCAGCGGGAUGUCAACCGGAGACUGGGCUGCUUGGGCCGAGGAGCUCAGGAAGUGAAGGAAAGCCCUUUCUUCCAUUCCCUGGAUUGGCAGAUGGUCUUCCUGCAGAAGUACCCUCCCCCGCUGAUCCCCCCGCGAGGGGAGGUGAACGCGGCCGACGCCUUUGACAUCGGCUCCUUUGACGAGGAGGACACUAAGGGAAUCAAGUUACUAGACAGCGACCAGGAGCUCUACCGCAACUUCCCGCUCACCAUCUCCGAGCGGUGGCAGCAGGAGGUGGCGGAGACGGUGUUUAACACCAUCAAUGCCGAGACGGACCGGCUGGAGGCCCGCAAAAAAGCAAAAAACAAGCAGCUGGGCCAUGAGGAAGACUACGCCCUAGGCAAGGACUGCAUCAUGCACGGUUACAUGUCCAAGAUGGGCAACCCCUUCCUGACCCAGUGGCAGCGGCGCUACUUCUACCUGUUCCCCAACCGGCUGGAGUGGCGGGGCGAGGGCGAGGCCCCACAGAGCCUGCUGACCAUGGAGGAGAUCCAGUCGGUGGAGGAGACGCAAAUCAAGGAGCGUAAGUGCCUGCUGCUCAAGAUCCGUGGAGGGAAGCAGUUCGUCCUGCAGUGUGACAGCGACCCCGAGCUGGUGCAGUGGAAAAAGGAACUGCGGGACGCCUACCGCGAGGCCCAGCAGCUGGUGCAGCGGGUGCCGAAGAUGAAGAACAAGCCGCGGUCACCGGUCGUGGAGCUGAGCAAGGUGCCACUGAUCCAGCGUGGUAGUGCCAACGGCCUCUGACUGCCCGCCCGCCCGCCU